AUGCUCAUGUACCCCCUCUUCAUCACGGACAGACCCGACGAGCAAAUUCCUGUGCCUUCGCUACCAAACCAGUACCAGAUUGGCCUGAACAAGCUGAUCCCAUUCCUUAAACCAUUGAUUAAAAAGGGCCUAAGGUCCGUCAUCCUCUUCGGCGUACCAUUGGCCCCAGGAGCCAAAGAUGCACUGGGGACCAUGGCAGAUGACCCUUCCGGGCCCGUGAUACAAGCCAUUCGCCUGCUACGCAGCACUUUCCCAUCGUUGUAUAUUACUGCAGACGUGUGUAUGUGCGAGUACACCUCCCACGGCCACUGUGGCAUCCUGCGCGAAGACGGAUCAUUAAACAACACACUCUCCGUUGAGAGGCUGUCUGAUAUCGCUGUGGCGUAUGCACAAGCUGGAGCACACUGCGUUGCUCCCUCUGACAUGAAUGAUGGACGGGUCAGGGCGAUUAAGCUCAAGCUCAUUGAAGCAGGUAUUUCGCAUCAAGUAGUUCUCAUGUCCUAUGCGGCGAAAUUUAGCGGGUGUCUCUACGGGCCCUUCAGGGAUGCUGCAGGAUCAUCGCCUUCGUUCGGUGAUAGAAAGUGCUAUCAGCUCCCGCCCAGUGGGCGGGGGCUGGCGAGGAGAGCUAUUCAGAGAGAUAUUAACGAAGGGGCUGAUAUUAUCAUGGUAAAGCCUGCAGGAGCCUAUUUGGAUAUCAUUAGUGACGCGAAGGAGCUGGGGAGGGAUCUUCCUGUUGCCGCGUACCAAGUUAGCGGGGAAUAUGCAAUGAUUCAUGCUGGUGCGAAGGCCGGUGUAUUUGAGCUUAAGGCGAUGGUAAUGGAGAGUAUGCAAGGAAUACUCAGGGCUGGUGGGAGUAUUGUGACGACGUACUUUGUUCCAGAGCUGCUGGACUGGUUAGAGUCUUAA